CCUUUCCCACCCCAGGCACACACACCCACUGCUCUGCACCUCUGCCUUUUCGACGGUCGACGACCCUCUCAGCCGACACCUCUCUCUCUCUCUGCGACGCAAGCGCGCAAAGGACUCCUCAAUCGAAGUGGAUCGAGUGAAGGAACAAGAGCUUCGAACAAGAAGGCUGCUUCAGAGCUUCCAUCGAGGCUUCGAUGACUACCAUUGACAGUUGCAGAUGACAGGUCUCAGCAGCUUGGGGACUCUGGUAAUGGCGUAUUUUCUGUGAACUUUGUAUCUUCCGCAUCUCUUCUCUCCUCCGCCUCGCAUCUAAAAUGCGUUCUAAGGACAGAAUCUCCUACUUUUAUGAUGGGGAUGUGGGAAGUGUAUACUUUGGGCCGAAUCAUCCGAUGAAACCCCACAGGUUAUGUAUGACUCACCACCUGGUCCUAUCCUACGAGCUCCACAAGAAAAUGGAAAUUUAUAGGCCUCACAAAGCAUAUCCUGUUGAGCUAGCUCAGUUCCAUUCGGCCGAUUAUGUGGAGUUUUUGCACCGGAUUACCCCUGACACACUUCACUUGUUCUCGCACGAAUUGGCAAGAUAUAAUCUUGGAGAAGAUUGCCCUGUUUUUGAAAACUUGUUUGAGUUCUGUCAAAUUUAUGCUGGUGGAACUAUAGAUGCUGCACGCAGAUUGAACAAUCAACUUUGUGAUAUUGCUAUAAAUUGGGCUGGUGGAUUGCACCAUGCCAAGAAGUGUGAGGCGUCUGGAUUUUGUUACAUCAAUGAUUUGGUUUUGGGGAUUUUGGAGCUUCUAAAGUACCAUGCCCGUGUUCUGUAUAUUGAUAUUGAUGUGCAUCAUGGUGAUGGUGUAGAAGAGGCUUUUUAUUUCACGGAUAGGGUGAUGACUGUUAGUUUUCACAAGUAUGGGGAUAAGUUCUUUCCUGGAACUGGUGAUGUGAAGGAAAUAGGAGAAAGAGAAGGAAAAUUUUAUGCCAUAAAUGUACCUCUCAAGGAUGGAAUUGAUGACACGAGCUUUACCCGACUCUUCAAAACAAUUAUUGCAAAGGUGGUUGAAACAUAUUCACCUGGUGUGAUAGUUCUCCAAUGUGGGGCAGAUUCACUUGCUGGGGACCGCUUGGGCUGCUUCAAUCUCUCCAUUGAUGGGCACGCUGAAUGUGUCAAGUUUGUGAAGAAAUUUAACUUGCCCCUGCUGGUAACUGGCGGUGGGGGGUAUACGAAAGAAAAUGUGGCUCGGUGUUGGACUUUUGAGACAGGAGUUCUGUUAGACACAGAGCUUCCCAAUGGUAUGGCAGCACCGUUUUGUUUCUAUCUAGUAUGCAAAAUUAGUGAUACAGUUGAUUUCUUCUUGGAUUUGGCAAAAAAGGUUUCUCGCUCUCAAAUGUUGACAACAAUAUAUAUUUUGGCAAGUGUUGCUAUAUAUGUGGUAUAUCUUUGUGAGUUGCAUUUAGGUAGCAUCAAUUCCAAUUUUGACAAGUGGAGGGGCGAUGACAGAAAUAACUGAUUGGUUCUCCUACAGAUUAUAGUAGGCAUUAAUUAUUUAGUCCAAAUUGAAUGAAGAAAUACUAAUGGUGCCCAUUUGAGCCACUGAAAGAAGUAAUGUUAUCUGUUAGAGAAGUUAAAAUUGUAAACACCAAUAUCAUUCUUCAAGUAGGCAAUGGCACUGCCUGGUCAGAAAACCAACUAUUUUUAAUAAAAAUGAUUUCUUCUCACAAUAGUAAGAUUGCUUACGGCAAUGAUAAUUGACCUUGAAUUCUCAGAUUUUUGAACAGUGUAUCAUCUACCUCUGAAUUCAGGUUGGAAUUUUGAUUCAAUUAAAGAAAGAGUAAGCCUGUUUAUUUAUGGUUCUGAGACUAGUGGUUCUAAUGGUUGUUUUGGUUCUUUUCUUGCAAAUCAUUUCAUUGUUGAGAAAAGGUGAAAAAGAUAAAAUGUGAGCUUGAGCUUGUUUGAUAACAGUUGUAGCUCGUUGUUGUUUCAGGGUUUCAUUUGUGUAGUUGAUAUUUUUUUAUUUGUUCACUGAUAAAUCAAACUAAUCAAAUCAUGUUUCGGUUAGUUGAUUGUAGCACAUGCCUUAAUCUGCAUCUUUUGUUAUCGUUGAAGAAUACUGCUAUUUUAGUUACACAUCUUAAUAUGUUAUACUCCAAUAUACUCUUUUUCUUGCAGAGAUCCCAGAAAAUGAAUAUAUUAAAUAUUUUGCGCCAGAUAAUUCAUUGAAGAUUCCAAACGGGCACAUAGAGAAUUUAAAUAGCAAAUCAUAUAUUGGAACUAUCAAAAUGCAAGUUUUGGAAAAUCUUCGUUGCAUCCAACAUGCUCCGAGUGUACAGAUGCAAGAGGUUCCACCUGAUUUUUACAUUCCUGAUUUUGAUGAAGAUGAGCAAAAUCCUGAUGAGCGCAUGGAUCGUGAGACUUGUCCCACAAUAACAUGCAUAGACAAACUUUUUCCCACUACUAUAACUGUGUUGUGCUUAUGAUUCUUACUUGUCUACUUUUUUCCACAUUUUCUUUUCAGAGCACACCCAAGACAAGCAAAUCCAGCGUGAUGAUGAGUAUUAUGAUGGUGACAACGACAACGAUCAUCAUAUGGAUGAUGUUUAGACUGUAAAGUUAUCUUGAUAAAUAUUCUUUCCUGGAGUGACUGUAACUAUAAGGGACAGAUAUAAAUAGAUUAAUCGCUAGUAAUCUGGCUGUUAUUUUUCAGAAAUAGAGACAUUUUAUCAAUUCUCAUCUUAUUUAUUUUUGGCUUUUCAUCUUUGUUGUUGGAGGAACAAAGAGCUACUGCUUGGUGCAUUUUAGGAUGCCAAAAAUUAGGUUGGUACUGCCCCCACCCCCUCUAUCCCCAAACCGUGGCGCCCAAUUUAUGUUUUGGGU